AUGGACCAGGGGGCCCGGAGUAGGGCGCCAGGGUACGGGUUCGGCUGCGCCACCCAGCUGCGCCCUCCUGUCUUCGAUUGUCUUAACUCUGUCUCGACAGCGGACCUAGGUGGGGAGGAGGAUGGAGUGAGGUAGAUGCUGCGCAAGUCUACUCGCACUAUAAAAUAAUUCAUGCGCAAGUCACCGUGUCUACUUCACCUUGCUCCGAGCACACGCUAGGCAUCGGAUACGUCGGUUAAACUAUCAUAUUGCAUCUAUUUUCGCCAUGCAUGUUCACUUUCAGGCUGCGUUCUACGAUUAUGAAUGCACGGCAGAGUGACCAUAUAAACACUGGUAUUUUUCUGAAACUGUUAACGAUUCGCCCGUCCCAUUACCAAAUUACAAUAUUCAGAAACCGGACAGCACGAAAAAUAAUGUUUCAUACUCUUAACCUGAAAAUCGCUAUUUGGUAGUAAUCCUUUCUUCGACAAUCGAUAUAAUUUCCCAAGCGGGAUAACACUUCCGGUCCAUUUAGACGAAAGACUGCCCGUGUACGUUAUUACUGCACUUCUGUGGCACGAAAUCGCACAGAUCUGUCAAGCUGACUUCUAGAAGUCAAUAAGGUCUGCUUCUCUUAAAAUAACCUGUGUAAGCAAGCCUAUUUCUACGAUUGGCAUUUAACAAAAAUCAAUUUUAAAGCACGGCUAGUUCUGUUUAGUAAAACUCUCAAAAGCGAAUUCCUCUCUUGUCAAAAAAGCAACACGCUCAGAUGCGCGACCGAAGUCUAUGCCAGGUGUUAGCAUGGGCAAUUGUCCAUUUUUGCUCAAAUUUAUGAACAUUUUGCUUGACAAAAUUAUGCACACAUAUUUUCGGUAACAAUCGGGAGAUGGCACCCAAAAAAAUUCCGUUACCUAGAAAUAAUACCUUUAACAAUGGACCCAAACGCCUUCAGGCUAUAUCAGCGGUUGCAGGCCUACUUUCACGCACUCCUUGGACUUUCGCGACGGCCUAGCAUGGGCUGGCCUAACGAACGUCUCAGGAGGUUACAUGGACAAUGGUCGCUGUUACCCAACCUUCCCAAUCUUUACACACGUACACCUGAAUAUAUGGCAUACAUUCGCAUUAUGGCAGUUCAUUACAAAACAAAAACACUUGUAAAUAGGAUAGGUCUGCACAACAUGGGACAGGAACAGUUCCCAGGCAUCUGUCCAAGACAUGGUAUUGAGGCCAAACCAAAGACGAUACUGUACUUCGUCUAUGUGAGUCCACGCAGAUGGACCACAUACAGGGCCUCCCUCGUGGAGUUUCCUUUUCAGUCUACUCCAGUAUGCCUCAAUGGCAUUGGUGUGCCGUCUGGUGGUAGGGACCUUGAAGUUCUUUGAGUGGUUAACAGAGAAAUUUAGAUAACCUUCUGAGGGAAGACGAUUAUACGCCUUCCACUCGUCCGUUACCACUAUACUGCAUUUGGCGACCCAUUUUGUAAAAACGGAACGGAGAGCGAGCCAACGUCGAUCAUUCACCUGUUCAAAUAAGGCUUUCUGUCGGCUAGUAUCGUACAUCUCGACCAGCCACCACCCAUAAAACCCCUAUUGCCACCUGUCCCAUAAGACAGGCUGUCUUGGUUAGGCGGAUUUUUUUUGGGUGCCAUCUCCCGAUGGUUACCAUAUUGUCUGCACCAGAAAAGGGCAUUCCCCUAAGAGACUGGACGAGUGGGCAAAAUGCUCAACGUUUAGGACGUCCAAAAAUUUUGACAUCAGACUCUGUCAUUAGGCUUCAUGAGAAAGGUCAUGUACUGUACCCUGCACCGGGCACGUAGGUCUGCCGCUUACACUAUUUUAAACCAACUAUGGUAGCCUUAAUAAGGCUAUAAUUGCUGAAAUCGUACAGCAUGGUUUAUUUUUUAUAGUACAUAUUUAGGAUAUGCAAACGCAUUAAAAAUAAAUAAUUUGUAACUCGUUUACUGCCCUUGUUCUCGACAUGGAAAACUUAGUCUCGCAAAAAUCACAAUUAAGAGUGAUGGUGGUCGUGCUUAAACAUGCCUGCCGUCCAAUUUACGUAGGUUUCUUCUCCCAGCCCGCAAAGCAUGCGAACCAUUCAAAAUACCUUAUAGAAUUUUGUGAGCUUUUACACAUAAUGAAAUUUACAAAAUUAUUCAUAUGAACAUGCAAAUAUGCGGGUCGUACUUUUCAGAUGACAAAAGUCACUAAAAUCCUAUUAUGCUAGAAAAAUGCUUGUUGCUCCGAAUACCAGGUUGCCAGAACACGUAAUUUUGGAGGCGUUUUGACAGAUUUCAAAUAAUUAACUUUGGCCUAACUGUGAAAAACUCGGUGCCUUAGUGGGAUUGGAACUCACGAUAGCAAGGAUAGGCUUUAGUACAGUCAACUCUCUAACCAUCUGAGCUUCUUUACUUCUUGCUAUCAGCUUUUGAACGAAACGUUUGAACUUUAGUAUUUUUAGUGUACAUGGAUUUAGAUCAUCAAACUUGAACUUGUCACGUCUGCCCACAUAAUUUUGCAUAAAUCUUUGAUUUGCCGAUGCAGGCGAAGAUCUGAGCUCCAGGAACUAGUUAAUAAGAAGAAGAAGAAGAAGAAGAGGAAGGAGAAAAAGAAGAAGAAGAAGAAGAAGAAGAAGAAGAAGAAGAAGAAGAAGAAGAAGCGACCGCUGUAA